AUGAUUAUGAAGAGAGCUCUCUGGAGCAUUGUCUUUUUUCUGUCAUAUGAAGUAAUGGCUGUAAUACAACAGCAGUACAGCAAUGUAGAAAUAAGGAAGAAUGUGUCAAUUCUCUGCACAAUAAAUGAGUUUUCUAGAAUUGAGGUGAGCAUAGAUAAUGAAUGCCCAGAAUAUAUUAGAAAGCAAUUGAAAGAGUGCGGCGCUUCAUGUGAAAUAACAUAUAAGAAGAAGGAAGAAAAGAGACCAGCCGAGAACAGGCUGAACUCGUUCAGAGAAGAAAUAGGAGAGAAAAUAAAGAUGACUGAAAAUACAAAAGGGCAGACACAUAUCGCAGUAGACUUAAAAACUGUACUAGAGAGAUACACCGGCUAUAAUGGGUCUCCUGUGUGGAAUGCCAUUCAUAAAAUAGGAAAACAAGACCACUUACUUAGAAGACUUUUGAGUGGAAUCCACUGCUCUGUGUCUGUCCACUUGUGCUCUUUCUAUAAUGAAGAUCCUGUCAAUAGGAAGCUUUACAUGAACUACAAACUAAUGACAGAGAAGGUUAAUGAAGAGUAUGUUUCCAACUUAAGAUAUACAUUAGACACACUCAUAGCGAUACUUCCUAUUGGGCUGGAUAUGAUGUUUAAGAUGACACAUUCCCAUAGAGGAAUUAUAACACUAAAUGCGCUGGAGAGAUCCUUUCCCCUGGACAUGGCAUAUAACUAUGAUAUGUACAAUGUAUCAGAUGAAAUCAUAGAGAAGUGCAGGACUAUUUCCUAUCUAAUGGGAUGUGUUGACUGCAUGCGAUGCAAACUGUGGGGCAAGGUGCAGAUAGAUGGGCUUAAGUGUGCAUUAAACCUACUUAAAAGAGCAAAAGGCCAGCCGGUGGACAUAAGUAAAUCAGACAUAAUUUCAUUUCUGAAUCUUUUAAACCGAAUUUCAAUAUCAACGGUUCAAUAUGCCAAGUACAAGCAUGAUAUGAAAAAAAUAACAGAAGAGUUCCACCAAAGAAAAGAGAAAAGGGAAAAAGUUAUCAAUGGACUUUACUCUGUGAUAGCAGCACCCCUUCUAAAGUCCCCUUCUCCACAUAAACGAAAGGUGUAAAUUGAAAUAAAUA